CCUGACGGGACCUCUGCACUGUGUGCUGCCUGCCCUGGGGACCUAACUUCUCUGCUGGCUUUUCCUUGGACCCUCUCUGCCUGUCUCUGUUGAUCCAGGGUCUUAUCUUGUCCUCCGGAGGUAUGCUAAGUGCUGUCCCAGGCUGCCCGUUUGCCUGGCCUGUUUUCCCUCACUGCCAGUACCUCUUGGAUUCCAAUUCCAAACAUGGUAUCCCUCUGGGGUCACCCUUUCUUCCGGUGCCAAGAGAACAUGCAUUCCAAAUGGAACACAAGUGUGUCUCUCCUGCUGGCUCUCACGCCUCAUUCUGCUUGGGAACAAGACAAAGCGGCAUGUGGUUUCCGUGUCCCGCGCUGCUGAAGUUUCUGGUGUUGUGAUCCUACUUUCUCUCAGGACCAAUGUGUGUUUUUCGCUGAGAACUAAAUAUGAAGACUAUCCUAAGAAAGCCGGAGCCAAAGAAGUUUACUGGAACGCUGCAGAGAAGACAAGAGGGUUGCUGAGAGCGAGAGAGGGAGAAGAAGAAGAAAAAAAAACAUCCCAAACAACGAACCUAGAUUUUCGAUCUUCCGCGGUGUGCUAUGCUCUGGCAUUCUUUCUCAGAGCCACCAGAAGCAUUCCUGCCAGCAAAGGUGGAGUCGGUGGUGAGGAGCCACGCUGGGAGUACGGAUUGAUUGAUUGUUUUCCCCUCGCUUUCCUUAGUGGAGAGGCCUGGAAAGGCUUGAGAGCCCCGAAGAUGAGCGCCAACGGCAGCUCGCUGGGUCAGCUCCUCUGGCAGAGGCCGGUGUGCAGUAGCUGGGAGCAGAAUACGGAAGGGUCUGUCUACCACCUGGCCAACUGCUUCUUGCUCAUGGGCUUUAUGGCAGGCAGCGGGGUGUAUGGAUGCUUCUAUCUCUUCGGCAUCCUGGGCCCAGGCUACCUCUGCUAUGGGCUGUGGGGCUGGUUCGACGCCUGCGGGCUAGACAUCGUCCUUUGGAACUUCCUGUUGACCGGGGCCUGCCUGCUUCAGCUGGCUCAUCUGCUCUAUCGCCUUCGGGUGAAUACCCUGCCUGAGGAGUUCAACCUCCUCUACAGGACUCUAUGCCUGCCCCUGCAGGUGCCCCUGCAGGUCUACAAGGAAAUUGUCCACUGCUGCCAGGAGCAGGUCCUGAGACUGGCCACAGAGCAGACCUAUGCCGUGGAGGGGGAGACACCCAUCAACCGCUUGUCCCUGCUCCUCUCCGGCCGGGUUCGAGUGAGCCAGGAUGAGUUUCUGCACUACAUCUUUCCGUACCAGUUCCUGGACUCUCCGGAGUGGGAAUCACUGCAGCCUUCUGAGGAGGGGAUCUUCCAGGUCACCCUGACUGCCGAGACCGAAUGCAGCUACAUUUCCUGGCCCCGGAAAAAUCUCCACCUUCUUCUAAACAGAGAGCAAUACAUCUCCCGCCUCUUCGCGGCCCUGCUGGGCUACGACAUCUCCGAGAAGCUCUAUACCCUCAACGACAAGCUGUUUGCGAAGUUUGGGCUGCGCUUCGACAUCCGCCUCCCCAGCCUCUACCACGUGCUGGGGUCCUCAGCCUCAGAGGGCGGACCGGAGUCUGAGAAGGACGAUGAAGAAGUCUUUGAGGCGGCUGUGUCCCCUGCUCAGGCCAGGCCCAUCUGUAUCCUGCCAACAACAGCCCCUUGCUCCCCACCUCCAGCGACCACCAACUUCCCUGUGCCUCUGUCCCGGGCCAGGAUGUCCAGACCUGACAGCGGCACCCGGCUUCCAGAACUCCUCUCCAGAACUCUCCUCAGGCUAUGUCCAGAGCACAGGUCCCUUUGGCUCCAACCCAUACUCCUGAGCUUUAAGGAUCGCAGAGCUGUGGUCUCUGUGGCCAGAUGGCUCUCUUCCAUGUUCUCUGGAUGGCCACUUGUACUCACUCCUCUCCUAUCAUCCAUCAGAAAGAUCGGGGGGCAAGACGGGAGACGGACAUGCCAUGUCAGCACCACAACUGCCCCAAGGGUGACAUGGAGAAACUUACCUUCGUCAACCUUCCUCGUAGGAGGAAGGUCCAGAGGCACCAGGCCUGACUCCUUCUUUUAUGGCUUGUAGAACCAGGGCUGGUAACACAGCCUCUGAGCCUGAUCUGUCAAGUGGGGCUAGGAACUCACCUCCCAGGGUUGGUGUGAGGAGCCAAUGAGUCAAUUGGGUAAAGCACCUAUGAUGUGGCAUGGCCUUGAGUGUGCACUCACUAAAGCACCCCACGCCUCUCCCGGAUGUUGUUGCUUUAAACUGUCUGCAAGGAUCCAGUGAAUUUUCCGUGUGGUUAUUUUGUUGUUGUUGUUGUUGUUGUUCCCAAAUAAGUUUCUAUUGAAAUAGAAAAUUUUUAAGCCCUGACAUUUUCUUCAACUUUUAAGUUGAAAAUAGAAAUAACCGUGCCCUGUUUAUGAAUCUAGCAUUGAUUCAUAAUUAGUAGGAUUGUUUAAGCUUAGCUAAUUCAUUUUCCUUCCUUAAACAUUUAAAAGUGACUUGCAAGUUGAGUCUGUUCUGCUCUCUUUUUAUCUGGUUAUUUAUUUUGAUUGAGACAAUAUGUUGCUGCUGUAUGAGACUGGUCUUGGAUUCACAGCCCUCCCUUCCUGAAUGCUCAAUCUAUUCUACGUUGCUUUUCCUUUCAAAGUCCGAUGUGUGUUCUGAUUACCUGAUGCUGUGUCAAACCUGUCCCUGAUACAGUGACUUCAGACCGUUGCCGUGUUUUGCAGUGGGGACUAGCUGGGGCAGCUAGGCAGUGCUCACCCAGCUCCAUGCUAUUUCUCACGCUGCUGCCCUCCGCAUGUGCUUGGAACAGGAGGCAUCUCAAAGGCCUCCUCGGUCAACCUGUCUGGGGUGAGACUAGAAAACUCUAACAGCUGAGGACUGAUCGGCUGGGGAGCCUCGCUCCAUCUCCAGUGGUUGGUUCUUGCUGGCAUGUAGUUCUCUAGUGUAUGAAUAUACCAAUAUACUCUUGGUAUGCACAUGGACUGUUUCCAGCUUGAAGUGAUUAAAACGGUGUUCCUGUGGACGUCCUUGUACAGAUGCUUCGGGAUGCAUAUAUUUGCAUUCCCUGUACCUAGGAUUGGUACCCACAAGGCACGACUCAGGCAUCCUUCGACAGUGGAUUCUGCCAAAUAGUUUUUCUAAAUGCUUGUACCAACUCGCAUUCCUUUCAGCAAUGUUGGAGAAUCCCUCUCCGGUAGUUGUCAUGAUUUUUUUUUCCUCUCAUCUUUGCCUUUUGGGUAUGAAUAGCAACGUUUCAUUGUGGCUACAGUUUUCAUUUUCCUGAUGAAUACUAAUACCCUUUUUUCCUGCCCCCCCCCACUUUCUUGGCUAGGCUGGAGGCUAGCAAACUCCAGCUAUCUCCCACACCCCCGCCCCACCCUCCUCAAAGCUGGGGCUAAAGUGCCGGGACACCCCGGCUUUGUUACAGGGCUGCUGGAAUCCCAACUCCAUCCUUCAUGGCUGUUUAACAGGUGCUCUUCACCACGGAGCCAUCUCUCCAGCCCCCCAAUGCGCCCCCACCCCAUGUGAGUGUUUUCUGUUAUGAAGAAAACAUUCUGUUGGCUUUUAUACAUUUCCCACCAACACAUACUGUUUCCUCUAACUGGUACCUUUCGAUGAGCAGAGGUUUGAUUUCCCUGUAGUGCUGUUGGUUUUGCCCUUUUCCUGUGGCUUUCUGUGUCACGUUUAAGGAGCUUGUGUCCCCCUGAAGAUGGCCUCCAUCUCGACCUCCUAGAUGUUUUAUAGUUCAUGGUGAGGCCGGUGACGGCCUGUAAUGGUUUUGAAGUAUGGCAUGAAGCAAGGGUUCGUUUGGGUGUCCAGUUGCCUGGGCAUUGGUUACCGCGAUGGUUAUUUUAACCCUCACACUAGUACUCGUCACCACCUUGUCAGAAGUCAAAUGUCCCCAUCCCCGAGGCUCUUUUUGGAGCCGUGCGGCGCCUGUCUGAUUUUGUACCAUCCCUGUGCUGCGUCCCGGCUCCCCUGACUAUUUCUGUCCAUAAUAACACCACCUUGUCGUCGUCGUCGUCGUCGUCGUGACGUAGUGCUAUAGUAAGGUUUGCUAUCUGGCAAUCCAACUGUUCUCUGGUCUUGGUUGUUAUAGGUCUUUCCCUUUACACAUACAUCUACAUAAGCUUUACACCCAGCACGUCCGUUUUGAAGAACAAACAGAUUAAGUGUGACAAAGCGUUAUCUUUACGACACUGAGUUUUAAACCUGUGAAUGUGGUUUAGCAUUUCAUUUACAUUAUUCUCCUUUGUUUUCUCAUAAAUCAUAAUUUUUGUUUUUUGAAGUAGAUGUUCUUGCAUAUUUUUGUAGUUAUUCAAUGAAUUUGAUGUGAUUAUAAGUACUAUCAUUAAAUACUUUUUACGUUCUGAU